GGAACAGCAUCGGGGGAGGGUGGGUCAACGGCUGCCGCCCCACCGCUGCAGCCGCCGAGUAGGUACGAGUCACAGAAGCGCCGCGACUGGAACACGUUCCUCCAGUACCUGAAGAACCACAAGCCGCCGCUGACGCUGGCGAGGUGCAGCGGCGCUCACGUGAUCGAGUUUUUGAAGUACCUGGACCAGUUCGGGAAGACGAAGGUGCACGUGACUGGUUGCCCUUACUUCGGGCACCCAAAUCCUCCGGCACCGUGCGCAUGCCCGCUCAAGCAGGCUUGGGGCAGCCUCGACGCGCUCAUCGGCAGGCUCCGAGCCGCCUACGAAGAGAACGGAGGUCGACCCGAGUCCAACCCAUUCGGAGCUAGAGCGGUCAGGAUUUUCUUGAGGGAGGUGAGAGAAAGUCAGGCCAAGGCUAGAGGGAUCCCUUAUGAGAAGAAGAAGCGGAAAAGGCCGACAACCGUUGCGGCGGCUGUGGUGGUGGAGGAGAAUGAGUCGACGAUGGCGGAAGCUACUAGUACUUCUCAGGUGGGUGACGGUGGCGGUGGUGGUGGUGGGACUGCUGUUCCUAGUGUAUCUUCUACUGCUGCUUCUACAACUACGACAGUAUAGUUUCCACUAAAAUUUCACUUUCUCUAUUUUUUUUUUUUUUAAAAAAAAAAAAUUAAUCUGCUUUUUAAUUGUGAUUAUGAGUUCAUAUAUAACUGGCGAUUCACAUAUCAUUAGCGAAAUUUAGUUAGAAGUUACGAAUGUCUCUCUUUCUUUCUCUAGAAGAACAGACUGACUUCAAGUUCACACUAUUCUCGUUUUAGAAGAUGAUAUGUGGCUAAUGUGAACAGAGAUUCGAGAUGGAGAAGAAAAAGUUGAAGACUUGAGGAGCCAACUUUUUCAUCCGUUUGAUCUUUUUUUUUUUCUUGGCUUUUGUUUGUUCAAUCUAACUCACCACCAGACAGCAUGACCCCACUGUUGCUACUCCAACAUCAUCUUCUUCUCCUUUCUUCAAACCACGCCUACAUUUUACUAUCGUGCCAUCAACAACACUUUCUCUCUUUCCUGUCCCAGCAACUACUUUGAUCAGAUUCAGAAGUAGUAUAUGCAUCAAACUCAUCAUUUUGGAAAAUUUAAAAGAAAAAAAA